AUGUAUAAAAUAACCCUCGUUCUGGCGAUUCCCCAUCAGUACAGUUUACCGUACGCUUUUGUAAACGUUUCUCUGAUUGCAGUUCCCGGUCGGUCGUAUCCACCGUCUGCUCAGGAAGGGCAACUACGCCGAGCGAGGUUGGUGCUGGCGCUCCAGUCUACUUGGCUGCCGUCAUGGAAUAUCUGGCUGCUGAAGUUCUGGAAUUGGCGGGGAAACGCUGCUCGUGAUAACAAGAAGACCAGAAUCAUUCCCCGUCAUCUGCAGUUGGCCAUCCGUAACGAUGAGGAAUUGAACAAACUGCUGUCUGGCGGUUACCAUUGCACAGGGGUGGUGGUGUUGCCAAACAUUCAGGCUGUUCUGUUGCCCAAGAAAACCGAAAAGAAGGCCUAA